UCCCAACCGCCCACCAUGUCCUACUCUCAGCCACCCCCAUCCUACUCGUCCACCAACAAGAAGGGCUACAGCGCAAUCCCACAGGAUGACCCACUCACAAACCCUGCAGCGCAGGCCUCAGGCGCAGGCAGACCCAUCGACCCCACCGAGCCCAGGCAGGAGGGAGACGUGGAUGAUGAUGACUUCAAGUACGGUGUGACUGUGGAUCAGUCCACCGCAGAGGUCAGAACGCAAUUCCUCAAGAAGGUCUACUCCAUCCUCUUCAUCCAGCUGACGUCGACCGCCAUCGUGGCCGGCGUCAUGACGACAAAGCCCAUCACUGCCUGGGUGCAGGAGCACCAGGCAGUCUUCCUCCUUCCCCUCUUUGGAUCCCUCGUCACGAUGGGUCUGCUCUUCUGGAAGCGUCACUCCCACCCUCUGAACCUCGGACUGCUGGGUCUCUUCACACUGCUUGAAGCCUUCUCAUUGGGAGCCAUCGUCUCCUACGUAGACCAAAUCGUUGUCCUGCAAGCUCUAGUGAUCACAGGAUUCGUCUUCCUAGGCCUGACCCUCUUCACCUUCCAGUCCAACUGGGACUUUAGCAAGAUGGGUCCCUAUCUGCUGGGCGCGCUGAUGCUCUUCGUCGGCGUUGGCUUCGUGCAGAUCUUCCUGCCUUUCAGCAAGAUGGCAGACUUGGGCAUGGCGAUUGCUGGAGUGCUAAUCUUCUCACUCUACAUCGUCUACGAUACCCACAUGAUCUGCAAGCGUCUGCCGAGCGACGAGUGGGUCCUUGCCUCCAUCUCCCUCUACCUCGAUGUGCUCAACCUCUUCAUCUCCAUCCUGAGGAUUCUCAACAACCAGCGAGAAGACUGAGUCAGCGGACUCAAUCGGACUGCCUGGCCAGCCCGAAUCUGCCGCACACUUUCGCGCUCUGCAUCCCAUAUCCCUCCCCAUUCCAUUGUACAGAAUAUAUCGCGUCCCUUGCUAGCCCUCUUGUCUUCUCUAGCCUCCCUUGUUGACUGUGCAUUCAAUCUUAUUCAUAUCCAGAGGAUUUCCAGAUCUUGUGUCUGCAUCCGUUGCC